UACUAAUAUUGUUGUUUUGUCCCCAAAUGUUAUCGUCAAAUUAGGUCAGACAAAAGAUAAGGGCGCUUCUCUCCUUGCACUUCGAAUCUUCUCUUCCUCAGUUCUUAAAUUCCUUGAUAUUCCAAUACAAACAUAUUAAUUCUGUUGGGGAUUUAGAAUGAUUAUGUACUACAUGUGAUCAACAAGGUUGUAGACUCAAGCUGCUCAAAACUACCUAGCCCAUCACUUGGGUUUGGUCCCAACUCUUAGUUAAGGAAGCAUGAUGAGCGUUAAAGAUUGGAUAUUUUCUCAGUUAUUAUCCAAGUCUUUUGCAUCAGCAAGACCACUGUCAGGCGGUACCUUUUUUGAGGAGGAAUCCGUACAUGACGAGUCGGCAGAUAGAGGUAGCUACUUGGCCACUGCCGCCAACAAUUUAUUGAAAAAAUUAUGUAAAUUCCGUUCUGCACAGACGGCCAAUUUGAUGCAUGUUUCUUCUGUUGCUGAAACUUCUGUUUUUUCCGGUGGAAACCCAGAAUAUCAUAACCAUCCCUCUUCACAGCUAAAUGUGGUUGAGAACUCUUCAAGUCAGCCUCGUUCUGUUAAUAUAGACAGAGAAUUGGAUACAUUGUCGAAGAUUGAGAGCCUUCAAAUUAAAUUUUUGCGUCUUCUCCAACGACUUGGGCAUAUGCAGGACAAUCUUUUGGUGGCAAAGGUAUUAUACCGGAUACACCUGGCAAUUUUACUAUCGGCAGGGGAAUCAGAUUUAAAAAGAGCUAACAUUAGACGUGAUACAGCUAGAGCAAUAGCUGCAGAGCAAGAGACGUCUGGUGUUCCUGAAUUGGACUUCUCAUUUAGGGUGCUUGUCCUGGGGAAAACAGGUGUUGGCAAAAGCUCAACUAUCAAUUCCAUAUUUGAUGAAACCAAAGUCAUGACUGAUGCAUUCCAUCCUGCCACUGAUAGGGUCCAAGAAAUUGCAGGUACUUUUAAUGGAAUAAAGAUAUCUUUCAUUGAUACUCCUGGCCUGCUGCCUUCCUCUACAGGGACAGUCAGGAAAAAUAGGAAGAUUCUGUACAAUGUAAAGAAAUUUCUGAGAAAGCACCCUGCAGACAUGGUUUUAUAUUUUGAACGCCUUGAUUUGAUCAACAAUGGUUACAGUGAUUACCCACUAUUGAAGCUGAUAACUGAAGUCUUUGGUUCUGCCAUAUGGUUUAACACAAUUAUUGUAAUGACCCAUUCAUCCUCUGGUCUUCCAGAGGGAGCCAAUGGGUAUGCUGUCACUUACGAAUCGUACGUGGCUCAGUGCACAAAUCUGGUUCAACACUAUAUCCACCAAGCUGUUGCUGAUACUAAGCUUGAAAAUCCAGUGGUCCUUGUGGAAAAUCAUGCUCAAUGUAGGACUGAUAUCAACGGAGAGAAAAUUCUGCCUAAUGGACAGGCUUGGAGAUUCCAGUUCUUUCUGUUAUGCAUGUGCACCAAAAUUCUGGCUGAUGUUAAUACUCUUUUGAAAUUCCAAGACAGUAUAGAAUUAGGGCCACCUAGCAAUCAGCGAUUGCCUUCUCUUCCCCAUCUUCUGUCAGCAUUUCUUCGACAUCAUAUUAUGAGCAACACUGGAGACAAUAAUGAUAUUGAUAAACUAUCUCUUUCUGAUAUCGAGGACGACGAAUGUGAUGAGUAUGAACAGUUACCUCCUAUCCGAAUCCUGACAAAGUCUCAGUUUAAGAAACUGACCAAUGAUCAGAAAAAGGACUAUCUUGAUGAGCUGGAUUACAGGGAGACCCUUUUUCUGAAGAAACAAUUAAAAGAGGAGAUUUGCACAAGGGAAAAGAAAUAUAUCAAGGGUGAGGCUUCGGCUAUUGAUGGUUCUGAUAAUUUGGAAGAGACUCCAGAACCUGUUGCAUUACCAGAUAUGGCAGUCCCCUUAAGUUUUGAUCCAGAUUACCCUGUACAUAGAUACCGUUGUGUCAUAACAAGUGAUCAGUGGCUUGCAAGACCUGUGCUUGAUCCCCAUGGAUGGGAUCAUGAUAUUGGCUUUGAUGGAAUCAAUCUAGACACGACUGCAGAAUUAAGAAGAAACGUUUUUGCCUCGGUAAGUGGACAGAUGAGCAAGGACAAGCAAGAUUUCAAUAUACAAUCCCAGUGUGCUGCAGCCUUCAUACAUCCAGGAGGGCCCACUUGUGGAGUAGGAGUAGAUGUGCAAUCUUCUGGUGCCGAAAUGAUCUACACUGUUCAUGGCAACACAAAGCUGAGGACUUUAAAACACAAUUUCACCGAAUGUGGUCUUUCUGCUACAUCUUUUGGAAACAAGUACUUUUUUGGUGCCAAACUCGAAGAUGGCAUUUCAGUUGGCAAGAGAUUAAAGUUCGUAAUCAAUGGUGGCCGAAUGGGUGGUCUUGGACAGGCAGCUUAUGGUGGGAGCAUUGAAACUACUUUUAGGGGGAAGGACUACCCUGUUAGGAAUGACAAGGUGAGUCUGGCAAUGACAGUGACGUCUUUGAACAAUGAAACAAUUUUCGGCGGUAAUAUACAGUCUGACUUCAGAUUAGGGCGGGGAACUAAUUUUUCGGUUAAUGCAAAUAUAAACAGCAGGCAAAUGGGCCAGCUUUGUAUAAAGACAAGUAGUUCUGAGCACAUGGAAAUAUCUCUGAUCGCAGUAGUUACAAUCUUCAGGGCUCUAAUGAGAAAAAUGGCAAUUGGUGACUCCAGCAAUGAGAAGCUGAAGAUUGGAUGAAUUUUAUAUUCUGCUUUGUUUUGUUUUCGAGAAAUUAUUGCUGCUGAGGUCUUUAAGCAGUUUUGGUCGUCUGGGGGAUGCUAAAGUGGUACAAGUUUUUGGCCAAGGGCCUUUAAGUUUAAAUUAAAUGCCUAUUGGUCAUUGGAGAGUUUCAGGCUAAAAAAGCAAGAAUCAAUUUGUACAUUUGUUCCUUUGUGUACAUGUAGCUCUAAAGCCUGUGAUCGAUAUCUGUAUCUUUUUAGGAUUUUGGAUUAUGUCGUGUUUGAUUGGGGUUGGGAUACAUCUAGCUUUAAAUUAUGUUAUGACUGUACACUUAGUUAAAGAGAAUAUCCAUGUUUAUGAUAUUUGUAACAAUUAGAAAGAUAUACAACUUUAUUUAGAAUA